CUAGAGGCUUUGUUUCAGAGUGGCUACAACUGGCCUGGGAGAAGACGUGCACGAGCCUGUCUGUAAAGGCAGACACAAGCUCGCAAAAUGUUAUUAUUCAUGUUUUGUGCCAAUGUUUUCUGUACGCAUGUGUUGUAAAUAAGAUCGUUCUUGAUGAUCCAAAUAUGGAGUGAUUAGAGUCAUUAGCUAAGUAGCUGAAUUUGAAUAGAUGGGGUCGGCGCUCUUCGGGGCGCCUCAUUAUGCACGCGCAUUAAAAGAAAGCAGUGGGGGGCAAAUGGGUGGUUAAGGGUACGAACAAAAAGAGGGGCAGGGUCUGCGAGGAGGGUCAGGAUUCAAAUUCUAAGUGGUAAGAUGUUCCCAUUGUCAGUGGGGUAUAUAGCAGGCAGAGCAACUCGCUGGAGGCAGAGUUUUGGAGUCUUAGCACCACUGAGGAGCUGUCUGUUCGUCGCCGGUGAAGAUCUGAAGGCCGGGAUUUGGAAAUACCAUCAUGGCUUACUCGCGCUGUAUUUGGAUUGCUUUAGUUCUUCUCUCUGUAAUGACAAGUGACAGUAGUGUAUUUGGUCGUGUAGUCGACACGCUUGGAUUUCUGUCACAGUCACCCAAAUCUGUGGAUGAAUCCUCCGGGCCAACUUUACGCACAGACGCGUCGAGGCGGUGGAAGCGCGGGGUCACGAGGACGCACAGGGAGCAGUGCGCGGAGCUCGCGGCGCCUUGGCUGGAAAACACAAAACAAACUCCGGAGGAUAAUCCAACUGUGCUGCAGCUCAGUGUUCGACCCUAUUCUCCUGGCGUUUCUCAGGGCCUGGUUUUCCCCGGGAAACAUCUUUUUGGCUUUGUUAGAAGGAUUUACCGCUGUUGUCAGGAGGGACUAAACUGCAAGAGCGUAAAGGGAAUACAAGGUCGAUUGAGAGGAGAUACAGACGUGGAGUUUCUCCUCACAAGGGACAAUUUAUCACUGACAGUCAUCAGAGCAGAGCUCCAUCUUCAACUUGCCAACCCACAACAUCUGGACAUCUAUCCUGUGAUCACAUCUUUGGCAAAGCGAGACCUUCCGACAAGGUACCGUUUGUGGUCUUGGGGCAACACUGUGGAGCUUAGGGUGGAUCUGCUCUUCCUUUUCCACAGCCUGCAGGAAGUGGCAGGUGGUGCUGGUGGGGGUCCAAGCUUGGUGAACAUGCGACGGAUGGUGUUUUCUUCCAGAGGGGAUCGAUCAGGAGAAAAGGCCACUCUGGGGGCACCACAGGACUCUGAUGGCAAUGUGUGGGGGGAUGGGCCUGCUGACAUGCUGCAUCCUCUGCAGCUCGGCUUGGUCUUGGGCUGCAGUCAGGCUGGAUCAGCGGUUUCCUGCAGAAAUGGUGGUGUUCACCUCACACACACACCUUUUAUAGCUCUGUACUCCAGGUGAAGUCUCCCUGAAACAGGACUGCAAUCAAACAUCGUCUGUUGACUCAAGUAUCUCAAAGUUUACAAUGCACUUCAAUGUAAAGUCUAUUAAUUUAUGUGUUAUUUUUUAACUAUAUAAACCCUUAUGUAAAUAGUGAAUAUGAUAUACAGAGGCUUUCUUUCAUUAUUAAAGCUCAACCUAACAAUGAA